AUGGCUGCCAGAGAUCGCCAAGAAGGCCGUGCCCCUGCGGGCAGGUCACCUCCUCCCACAGCAGAAUCUCCAAGACGUCCCACUCAGAUUGACACGCCUUUCAAGAAGCGCUUGCAGAACCUGGCAAGUCCCGGCAGCGCUGCCGGAUCCAGCGAGGCAGAAGACACAUCCAGCAAAAAAAGGAAACGCACGGGCGAGUACCUCUCUGAGGAUGGUCCUGAUGAGGAUGUGCCCGAGAGCCACUACGACCUCAACCAGGAGACCUUGACUCCAGGUGCCGAAGUGGAGAAGCGUCUGGCGGAUAAGAUCCGCUUGAGCUUCGAGCAGUUCUUGAUAAAGUUUGUGCCUGAGGGGCAGUUGAUCCCCAGGUACCCGGAUGCACUGCAUAAGAUGGCGGAGGAGUAUCAGGCACACCUUGAAGUGAGCUUCCAGCACCUACAGGAGUGGAGCGGCAACCUGGCAAUGUGGCUCUACGACUCUCCGAAGCAGAUCCUGCCGCUCCUGAACGAGACGCUGAUGCUUCAGGCGGCCCGGAAGUUCAAAAUCUACACCACCAUGGCGAAUGCCGGGGAGAACGAGCUGAGAGUUGCCAUCAGCGGCUUCCCUGUGAAGGACGUCAUUCGGGGCCUAUGCUCACGGCACACCAACAAGCUGGUGCAGGUCAAGGGCGUCGUAACCAAGCGGACCGGGGUCUUCAAUCAGGUGAAGCGGCUCUGGGUCCGCUGUGCCAAGUGCAAUUUCGCCAUGGGACCAUUGGACGUAGCUGAGGAGACUGACCUGCGACCUUCCAAGUGUUUGGAGUGUCAGUCGAAGGGCCCCUGGAGAGUGGACCGUCAGCAGACCAUCUACCAGAACUACCAGAAGCUUACCCUUCAGGAGAGCCCCAGCUCAGUGGAUCCAGGUAAGAUGCCAAGAUCUAGAGAAGUGGUCCUCACGGGAGACCUGGUGGAUACGGUCCGUCCUGGAGACGAGCUGGAUGUGACCGGCAUCUACAGGUGCCUUCACGAUGCCGCCACGAAUGCUCGCACAUGCUUCCCGGUGUACCGAACCGACAUCUUUGCUGUUCACGUCUCCCGCAAGGGUGACCUGAAGUUGGUGCAGAUCUCCGAUGAUCAGCAAAAUCAGAUCCUAGAGCUCGCAAAAAGCCCAAACUUUCGAGAGCGCUUCAUUGCUUCCAUGGCACCCUCCAUCUACGGCAUGUGGCAUGUGAAGACGGCCAUUGCCUUGAGCAUCAUGGGAGGCCGUCCCAAAGAGGUGGCUGGCAAGCAUCGCAUCCGUGGCGAUAUCAACACCCUUAUCGUCGGUGAUCCUGGGUUAGGCAAGAGCCAGUUCCUGAAGUAUGUGGAGCAGAUCUUCCCCCGGGCAGUCUACACGACAGGUAAGGGAGCCAGCGCAGUGGGCUUGACUGCAGCGGUCACACGGGAUGAGACCGGUCACUGGUGCCUGGAGGGUGGCGCCAUGGUCUUGGCAGAUGAUGGCAUGUGCUUGAUUGACGAGUUCGACAAGAUGAAUGACAAAGAUCGAACUUCGCUGCACGAAGCCAUGGAGCAGCAGUCAAUCUCCAUCUCCAAAGCUGGGAUCGUUGCCACCCUGCAGGCGCGAUGCGCGGUGGUGGCCGUGGCAAAUCCUACAGAGGGCCGCUAUGAUCCUCAGCGGACAUUCUCCCAAAAUGUGAACUUGAGCGAUCCCAUUCUCAGCCGUUUUGAUCUCACAUGCGUGCUGCGAGAUGAGGCAGAUCCUGUGCAGGACGAGAUGCUGGCAGAUCAUGUGGUGUGCAGCCACAUCCGCUCGCAUCCAGAUGCAACCCAGGAGGAGAAGAACAAGAAGCCGCGCUUGCAGUACCAGCAGACGCACGCGCAGCCUAUCAGCCAGGAUCUCCUCAAGAAGUUUAUCGUCCAUGCUCGUCAGCGAGUUGCGCCCAAAAUGGGCGACGUUGAUGCCGAGAAGCUCGCCGCCUUCUACUCCGAGCUGAGGGCAGAGGCGUCCCGCACCGGGGGCGUGCCCAUGACAGCACGGCACAUGGACAGCCUCAUCCGGCUGGCAGAAGCAAAUGCUCGUAUCGAGCUCCGGCAGCACGUGACGUCCGCGGACAUUGAUAAUGCCAUCGCAGUGAUGCUGGAGUCCUUCAUCCAGAGUCAGAAGCAUCAGGUUGCGGAAGAAAUCCGCAAGAAGUUCCGUCGGUACCUGGCCAGAGGCCCCUUAGGUGACCAGGUUUGUGCACUCUUGGAGAAGCUCUUCAAGCAGAAGGUGAUCCAGAUUCAGCUUAGCCAGCCCGCAAAGGAUGUGGAGAUCAAGGAUGUCUUCCUUGAGAUGUCGGACAUCGUUCGAGCCCUUGAGCAGCAGGAUCUUGCUGUGGAGGACGCCGCAAGCUUCAUGAGUGCGCCGCGUGUUCAGCAGAACUUCCGCCUCGACGGUGAGAGGCUCUAUCGAGUUCUCUAG